GAUUAUUUAACAAGUUGUCGAGGAAGCGAGGGCAUCUAAAGGGACCCGAAGAAAGAAAACAGAUCAUAAUUUCAAACUAUUCAUCAACAAAAAUGUAGGAAGACUGUCUAGAAAGUUCUGCGUGCGUAACGGAAACGAGUAACGGGUGUCCUGGAGCUGCUGGAAAAGCGCGCAACAGGAAACUUCAGACGAUCCGCUCGCGUCUUGACAAAAUGGACUGGCUUUGCUAGCUCGUGCUCAUCUUUGUUGUUAGACCUCUGUUCAUUAUCAAUUAACAAAUGAGUAAUGCUACAUGGCCAUGUGACGUGACAUGCCGCCCGAGCUGCACUUGACUUUAGGGUUUUCCCAUCGAUUGCAUCGAAAAUUGUGUUCUAGUUACUUUUAUGAUUAUUUUGUUUUGCACUGAGCAACACUUGGGUUUUUUUUACAUGCUAAAUGGUGCAUGAAUAGUGACCUGGAGUCAUUAUGGUCGUAGAGGCGACACUUCUCGCCGCCAGGCAAGGCGAAUUAGAAACACUGAAAGUGCAUUUAGAGCGAAAAGUGCUUAAUGGUGAUGUGAAGGACUCGCUCGGAGCGACGCCCGUGCACCACGCUUCCCGUGCUGGAAAGCUCAAGUGCCUCCAGUUCCUAGUGGAAGAAGCGGGCUUACCGGCGAACAGCCUGGCGCAUAACGGCGCGAGCCCCGCUCAUGACGCAGCCGCCACCGGCAACCUCGCGUGCCUGCAGUGGCUUCUGACUCAGGGAGGCUGCCGCGCAUCGAGUAAAGACAACUCAGGAGCCACUGUCCUGCACCUGGCUUCACGCUUCAGCCAUCAUGAGGUCACAGACUGGUUACUAAAGAGUGGUGAAGGGGAUCCCAGUGUUGCCAUGGAAACAGGCGCUGUGCCUGUUCACUACGCUGCUGCUAAAGGCGACUUGGCCAUGCUCAGGCUGCUAUUGGGACACAGCCCAAAUGUUGUAAACUUCCAAACGAAGAACGGUGCCACACCUCUGUAUCUUGCAUGUCAGGAAGGCCAUCUAGAGGCUGUUCAGUACCUGGUGAAAGACUGUGGCGCAGAGCCAACUAUUAGAGCCAAUGAUGGCAUGACGCCUCUGCAUGCUGCCGCCCAGAUGGGGCAUAACACUGUCAUUGUUUGGCUGAUGGACAAUACAAACAUCAGCCUGUCUGACCGGGACAACGACGGUGCCACUGCCAUGCACUUUUCUGCCAGCCGAGGCCAUGCCAAGGUUCUCAGCUGGCUCCUCCUCCACGGUGGUGAAAUUGCAACAGACAGCUGGGGUGGGACGCCUCUCCAUGACGCAGCUGAGAACGGAGAGCUGGAGUGUUGUCAGAUUUUGGUGGUGAACGGGGUGGAUCUGGGUAUUCAGGACCAGGAUGGCUUUACUGCUGCAGAUCUGGCUGAAUACAACGGACAUGAGCAGUGUGCCAAGUACCUCCGUACAGUAGAAAACAUGAGUGUAGAACAUCGUGUCUUGUCGCGGGAUCCCUCAGCAGAUCUGGAGUAUAAGCAACCUGACUCAGGCCACUCAUCUCCAAAUGCCACGUUAAACACAGCAGCCUGUUUCAAUAUGGGCUCUCCGUCCAGCUCACUGUCCAACUACGACUCGGCCAACUCCAGUCAGUCCAGCACAGGGGAGAAAAAGAGCAGCACGGCACCUUUAAAAGUAACAGGGAGCUCCGAAACAGCCAUCACUGACAUGCAGACCUACAUGGACAUGCUCAAUCCUGAUGUCUCUGUUGGGGACCAGAACAAGAAAAGGCGAUCUCAUCCGCCACCUCAUCCCACUUUCCCCCCACCUCCUCCACCUGGCUCUUCACAAAUCCCACCACCUCCACCCACUUACCCGGCACCAAAUUUGCCCGAGGAGGAUUCCGCUGAGUUUCUGAAGGUGAAGAGUAACCUGCGUCAUGUGAACAAUCCCACAGUGAAAAAAGAGUUGUCGGGCUGGGAGAACCCAGACAGACUGCGGCGGGUGGACUCCAACAGGAAGUCACGAAGCUUUAGCAAGCAGCCCAGCACUGGAGACUAUUAUAAGUCCCUGGGCAACGACAUCACGGAGGGCCAAAACGGGACAGACAUGGCACCCAACGAGGAGGGUUCGGUGCUGUUGGAGGAGCCAACAGACACCUCCCCUGUAGUGGAGAAUGGAACAGGAGAGAGCGAGGAGCCUCCUGCACCUCCACCUGCACCUCCUUUGCCUCCUGCCCAGACUCCACCUCCAGCACCCCCUCUGCCUCCUGAGCCCCCAACACCUCCCCAGAGCACCAACACUCCUUCAGCGGCCUCCAACCAGCGCCGCAUGUCCUCCUCCUCUAACAGCACUAAAUCCUUCAACAUGAUGUCUCCUACUGGCGAUAACUCAGAGCUUCUGGCUGAAAUUAAAGCCGGGAAGUGUCUGAAGCCUACGCCUCACAGUAAAGGCUACACAACUAUCUACUCCAGCAGUGGCUCCAAUGGAGAAACUCCAGCGUCCCAAUCAGAAACCCAGGCUGAACCCCAACCUGAGCCCCAAUCUCAGCCCCAACCUCAGUCGCAGCCUCAGCCCCAGUCCACUGCAGCCCAAUCGGCAAAACCCACAUCUGCUCCCACUUCGCCAUCUACAAACACAACUCCUCCUGUUCUCAGCAGUUCACCCCGGAACAUGAACACAUCCCAGAGCUGCGAUCAGCUACCUGUUGAGGUCAAUGGCAACAGCGCCUCUGGUCAGACGCGCAAGUCCAGCGUGGAUAUAGAAUCCCUGGUGCCCACCCAUGACGAACAAGGCAGAGCCAUUCCUGAGUGGAAGAGGCAAGUGAUGGUGAGGAAAUUGCAAGUGAAGAUGCAGGAGGAGGAGGAGAGUAAGAAAAAGGUCGAGGAGGAGGAGGCCCGACUUGCUUCCUUGCCUGCUUGGAGAAGAGACAUCAUGAAGAAAAAACUGGAUGAAGAGAAGACGGGCAGGGAGCAGAAAAGGAAAGAAGAAGAGCGUCUGAAGACGGUGAAGGAGAACGAAGAGAAGUUGGAGCUGGAACGACUGCGUACAUUAGGCUAUGAUGAGACCAAGCUGGCGCCGUGGCAGCGGCAGGUCAUUUUAAAGAAAGGCGAUAUAGCCAAACAGUAGUUUGUCCCCAUUCUGUUUCAACAUGCAUCUCUCAGCUUGCAUCACCUGUAGGACACUGCGUUAAACACAAUUCACCAGCUCCAUUCCACGUACCGAGUGGCUGAGCACAGAGCACGGCUGUUUGCGAUUCAUCCAGCUGCAGAUUUGUACUGUUCAGGACUUUUAACGGAUCCAUAGUACAUUGUGAUCAAAAUUAUGUGUGAUUGUAAAAGCCUAUAACUCAUUAGUGGUGUCUGUGCACUUGUAGAUUUAUUAAAAGAAAGAAAAACAUUGUCAGCAUGCCAGCAAUAAUGUUACAGUUACAUACAUAAUUUCAGUGAAGUUGAUAUCCUCACAUUUUCACGUUUAACAGUCUUCAAAGUAUUUUCAUGUCUAGAAAGAGCAAUUAUUCUGUACAAAUAUUUUAAGCCAGCCAAUCAUUCUGAAGGAAAUUGGAAUAUAGCAUGGUAUUUAAACAGACGCUGACAUCAAACUACAUAUAAGUGCACUGAAAUGAUUCUUAAAGAGUGAUUUAACAGCUACUUUUGGCAUAUGAGAAAAUGAUAUAUUAAUUGACAAUAAUGUUCACAACAUUAACCUGGAUUUUUGUGCAUGUGUUUUAGUUUAUGUACUUAGCGGUCGACCCAUUGAUUAAUAGGAUUCGAAAUUGAUGAAAUUCAUUUUAAUUGUUUUUUACACGUUGACGAAAAUGUGAAAUUGUCCACACCUGACUAAAAUAAUAGCAGUAACCGUAAGAUGCAUGUUUGUAUUUCCUUUAUGUCCAGAAAAUGGCAGAUGCCGGUGUCUUUAAUAUUCUACUGUGUAAUACAUUGCACACAUUCUGUCCAAAAAAACAAACCACAGAGUUUACUCUAGGGGAAGAAUAUUUGUGGUGGUUUGUUUGAACACAUGGGCAGAUUAAAUGGAUGUUUAUAUUUACUUCAUUACAUCUUCUCACAACAGUAGACCGUCCCUUGUACACAUAGGGUACCUGGAUCUCGGAAAAGUGCCGGAUGUGUCUUUCUGAAUGUCUGUGUAUAUAUGUGGUGUCUGUUCUGUGUGAUAGUUAAAUGUGAUGUAUUUAGAGUGUACAUUUUUUUGCAAGUGUAAAAAAAAAAAAAAAUUGUCAUUCUCAUUCAACUAUGUGCAAUGCAUGCAAUAUUUAGUUUUACUUCAUUUGAUGCCAUAUUGAUGUUUAAAGACAAAGCUAUAACACGCAAUUGCCAUUAGAAGAUUUUCUAUUUAUGAAUAAUGUACAUAGUCAUACCGAGGAAAAAAAAUGUUGCCCUUUUGUUGCUGGAUGAAGGUCCUGUUUUUGUUCCUCCUCCUUUGCUUGCAUUGAUUUAUUACUGGAAACCAUCAUUGUCAGACGGGCAAAUGUAGCAAAAUAAAAACAUUUGAUUUCUUGGAAUUCAUAGUGCUGGUUUUGAAUAAAUAAAAAUGAUUCGAAAAGUCCCAUUAUGUAAUAAAAAAGACAUG